AUGUAUGCAUGUACAUUCACUGCAAGUCUAGAGAAACCGGGAAGAAGAGAUUAUUUCCCCGGCUUGUUGUGUUUGGGAUGUUUACCAAUUGAUUUGAUGGUUAAGGAUCCAAGGACGUGGGAUAUGAUUAUUACCGCUUGGUGUGGGUUCCUCAAGGAUCGUCAUUUGGAAGAGGGGAAGUUAGAAUGGAUGGUAUGGAAACUACCAUCGAAGAUCAUUCUCGAAGACUACUACCACACCACAAUCCCAAACCAUUCAAUCAAUUUAACCCUAACAAUGAUUAUGAGCCUUCCAAUUACUAGCUAUUUCAUCUCCGUCUCCUUACGUAGCAAUGAUGAUGAUGGCGUUUUCUGGGCGAGGAAGAUGAUGAUGGUUGGAUGCAGGUUGUGGUGUGUGGUAAUUGGUAGUAAAGUCAAUUGUAGAGUUAGAGAAUAUCUAAGACAACUCGAACCUAAUCUAGACUAUACAUAUGGCGUAGAGAAUAAAAGCUCAUGCGAACGAUAUUGUAACUUUGGGAUAGAAGAAUGUAAAAAGAAGUGCCAAGAUGUGGAUAUUCCAGACAAUGAGUUGUGGCUGGAAAUGGCUUCUCGGGAUGAUGAGUAUGAGGAGAGUGUGAGGAGACUCAGGAGAUCGUAUGCAACUGCCGAUGAAUCUAGACCCGUUCGUCGAGCCGUUCGUCACAAACCUACCCAUGUGCAUUGCUGUGCUAUCAUGGUCUCAUUCUGA